UGUUCACGACACAGAGAGGAGGAGGAAUUUCCUCGACGUUAUCCACAACAAAAUGGCGAGGACUUUGUAUUAAUGAUGUUCUUUUAGCACUUCAUACAUCUCUAUACAUUUUACUCUUUUAUUUUUCAUAACUAGCCUAAAUCCGGUUACUUGUUACAGCCUUUGUAGUCGGUCACUUUAAACACAGGCUCCUAAGGUAGCCUAAAUAAAUAGGCUUAUGUUGGUCUUGUGCGGAGAUGAAAAGCCUGCAGAUUUGUAUAAGUUAUUCGGGAUUCGUAACGUUGCCAGUAAAGUCGUCUCAGAUACAUUGGAGCAGAUGCUCUUAUUUGACCAGUUUGAGAAGGAGAUCGAGUGGAAGGAGAACUGUCGGGAUAUAAAAACCUAGAGCUGAGAUCUGAUAGACUGAUUUGGACGAUGGAUCCUGCAGCGAAACAGAAAGUGAUUUAUGUCACCUACCUCAUCGCAGCUCUGGACAUCACCUGGCUCUUCCUCCAGUUCUCCAUAACACCGUAUUUGGCGAAAAGGCUUGGGUUCGACACUAUUUGGUUCGGGUAUCUUCAGACCACUGUUGGAGUUAUUCAGCUGCUUGGAGGCCCUAUUUAUGGAAGGUUUGCAGAUGUGUUUGGAGCACGCACAGCUCUCUCUGUGUCUUGCUUGGCGUCAGUGGUUUAUUUCCUACUGUUGACCGUGGCAGACAGCACUUUUAUGCUUUUCGUGCACAAACUACCUGCUGUUUUCAUGCAUGGACUGCCAGGCGCUCAAAUGGUGGUAGCAGAUCUGUCAGAGAAUGAGAAGCGAGCAGAUGCUCUUGGGAAACUUGGCCUCUGCUUUGGCAUUGGCAUGAUCGCAGGAUCAACACUGGGUGGGACACUCAGCACACGCUUUGGGGAAAAGUUUGCAGCAUCUUUUGCGGCUAUCGGGAGUUUUGUUUCUUUGCUGUUGGUGUUGAACUUCAUCCCUAAACAGACCAAAAUACACACCGUGCCAGAGAGUGACAAGAAGGGAUCAUCAAAGUCUGUGUUUAAUCUGGGGGAGAUCACAAGACUGAUGAAGUUUCCAGGAGUUGCAAAGACAUUUACUGUGAAGAUUAUGUCUGGAUUGCCAUCAGGUAUAUUUCAAGUUAUGUUCUCCAUCAUUGCCAUGAACUUCUUCCAACUGAAGGCAGAGCAGAAUGGCUAUCUGAUGGCUUACUUUGGCAUAGUUCAAAUGGUGAUCCAAGGUGCUGUAAUUGGGCGUCUUACAUCUAGAUUUACAGAGUACUCUUUACUACUGCUGUCUGUUGGGAUAAGCAGUGUAGUGGGCCUUGCACAGGCUAUGAUGACCAAUGUGUUUCAGUUUUGUUUAAUCGUGAUACCGAUGAUGUUUUCUCUAAGUGUCUUCAAUGUCAUCACAGAUAGCAUGUUGACCAAGAGCGUGUCUCCCUCCGACACAGGAACCAUGCUGGGUCUGUGUGCUUCGGUGCAGUCUCUUUUGCGAACUGUGGGCCCAACUAUCGGAGGAUUCCUCUAUGAGACAUACGGUGUGCCAUCCUUCGGAUACAUCCAGUGUGUCAUCAAUGCUGCUGUCUUUAGCCUUCUGCUAGCCACUGGAGGGCGCUCACAUAGAACAUGAACUUAGACUAUAAAAAUUAUGAAAAGGGUUGUUUAUGAGUAUGGUGUUUGUGGCCACACUGUGUGAGAAGUUUUCAACACACCCAUGGGCAUUUAACUUACCUCUUCACACACUGGGGAAGAAUUUAGUCCCAAUAAAUAAUCCAGCUGAUCUUAGUUUUGUGAAUGCCACAGACGUUCAAAAUAUCUUGUUACUGUCAAAUCACACCUCUUUAGCUCAGGAUUGUUUUUAUGAAGUUUCGUAUGUUGAAAAGAAGCUGCCAUGUAAAUGUUUACUGUAGGCCAGCACAAAGCAAUGCAGUUUGGUUUUAUCUAUGCGAUGUUAGACUUGAUACAGUAAUUAUUCAUUAUAAUGAUGUUAAAGUCAGAAGAUCUCAUGUAAAAGGACAUAUUUCAAAAAUCCAUAAUCACCUUCAAUGUCAUUGUAUCUGAAACUACUCAAAUAGUAAAAUCUGCUCUAUUCACUUUGA